AUGAAUUUUAUUGUUAAAAAGGAGAAAUUCCCGUUGCGCGCAAAAGAUCAAAGAAUCCGGGUGACAGAUGGCCUCUCUUCUCGUUUCAGGACCGGUGGGAUUAUCCCGCACGUGGCUCAGGCUCUGCACCGGCAGCACAUCGCCCGGAUCGUCCAGGAAGCCCUCGAGAAGAGCGGGCUGCGCGCCAGUGCACUGUCUGCCGUGGCCACCACCGUGAAGCCCGGACUGGCCCUCAGCUUGUCUGUUGGACUCGAGUUCACUGGCACACUUCUACAGAGCCUCCCGACGCCCUUCAUUCCCGUCCACCACAUGGAGGCGCACGCCCUCACCGUUCGCAUGGUGCACCCCCUGCCCUUCCCCUUCCUGGUCCUGCUCGUCUCUGGUGGUCACGCCCUGCUGGCCCUUGCCAGGGGGGUGUCCGACUUCCUGCUGCUGGGACAGGGCAGCGGCUCCCCCGGCGGCCCUGGAGCUCACUGCUGUCACGCUUUCUCCGGACAGAUUGCCAGGAGGCUGUCUUUGACUGGGCACCCGGAGUGCCGUGCUAUGGGAGGCGGGCAGGCCGUGGAGCACCUGGCACUACAAGGGGACAGACUCAAGUUUAACCUGCGGACUCCGAUGGGGCACCGCUUGGAUUGCAACUUCUCAUUUGCCGGCCUUCGAACGCAAGUUGAACGGACGAUCGGCAGACUAGAGCAGGAGGAGGGUGUGCGGGACGGUCGGGUGCUGUCUUGUGUAGCUGACGUGUGUGCUGCAGCUCAGCAUGCUGUGUGUGCCCAUAUCGCCAAGAGGACUCAUCGUGCCAUCCUGUUCUGUAAAGCGAGGGGUCUACUGCCAGAGAGGAGCCCCACACUUGUCGCUUCCGGGGGUGUAGCAAGCAAUCGGUAUGCCAGGCAGCUGCUGCAGGUUAUCACCGAUGCCAGUGGACUGGAGCUGCUGUGUCCUCCUCCUCGGCUCUGCACAGAUAACGGUGCCAUGGUAGCUUGGAAUGGCAUUGAACGGCUCCGAGAGGGCAUCGGCAUCCUCCCCAGUUCAGCGGGCAUUAGGUACCAGCCAAAGGCGACCUUUGGCACAGACAUUUCCGAGGAGGUAAAGCAAAGUGCCAUCAUACUGCCACCCGUGAAGCUGAGACUGGCAACAUGAGGGAUGGGCCUUGGAUUCCUGUUGACAAUAAAGGCUGUGCCAGUCUUAUGUGGGCCUUGGGCUCAUCUCUCCCA